AAAACAAUCAUCACUUGAAUCAUCACUCUAACGGCCACAUCCCAAACGGCAUGUUCAGUGGAGCAUUUAAUGGAUUUAACCUCGCAGACAGCACCGUUCCCAAUGGAUCGCUUCAGUUAUCCAUCCAGGGGAAGAGUGUUUUUGACACAGAGGCUGAUGAUGACAUUGUGCAGAUGGCAGCUCAGAGGGACCAACUCCGAGGGGCAAGGAAUAUCAGGGGCAUGAUGGCACCUGUCAUGAGUAAAGAGGAGGAUCCAAGAAACAGAAGUGCAAAUCGCCGCUUCCUUCUGACGAAACAGCGAAGUGAGUCCAUGCUUGGGGAACAUGAGGAGUCUCAAGAGGACAUGUUUCCAUCAAUGGACAAUAGGGAAGAGGGUGAUGAGGAUGUGGUUGGAAGCAUGAACAGAAGAAGAGGUAUUAGGGAACUGGGUGGGUUGAUCGGGGGAUUGGGAGGGAUUGGGCUGCGUCCAAGUGCAGACUACCUGUCAGACCUUAACAGGCGAGGAGAUAUUAUGGCUCAGUCGAUGAGGAGGCAGAGUCUGAAGGGCUCAAAGCAGAACCUGUUGGAGGGUGGAUUUGCUAAUUUUGGCUCAAAUGAUAGUUCAAGAAUGAGUAUAGGGACUGUUAGUCCUGAGGAGUUUUUGAUAUUCAAAUCAGAAAAUGAUAAGUCUGCCAUGAUAGACCAGGGUACAGGAAAAGGCCCCAGAAAAGGCCAACCUCGUUUCAUUCCAAACUCUCAUGAAGAUAUUCAGAUACUAAACCUUCAGGGGUUUAUGGAUGCUUCUUCCUUCGCAAAUGACCUUGGAAACUUGAGUAAGAGAAAACAGAGGAAAAAAAGGGGCAAAAGGGGUAUUGAAAGUGGUCAGAUUGAAAAAAUACGAGACGGAUAUAAGCAGAGUUCCAGGCCAAGAAGAAAGCGAAGCCAUAGACUACCAAAGACUCAUCUGAGUGAUGAUGAUGAUGGAGAGUUGACUCUGAAAGACAUUGAUGACCUCGAUAACAAAGUGGCUGGACUUGUCAUAGGCCCCAGAACUGUAAAUACAGAAGCUGCAGGCACUCCCAUUACUCUGGAAGAAGCAAGUCAUCUCAGAAAUCUUCUGACAGGAAGCCCAGCUAAUACAAUGCCAGCAGAAUGGAUGCAACAAAAUUUCAAGCAAAAUGCAAAUCCCAAUUUGUCAUAUGGCUUGGUUCAGAAUAAGGGAGGUCCCUGUGGUGUGUUAGCAUGUGUUCAGGCUUAUAUGAUGAAGUGCCUGAUCUUUGGCACUCCUGUGUCUCCCAGCACCAGCCCUGUGAGUCCCCUCCGGCCAUCUCAGCGAGAAUGGUCAUGGGCUCUGGCUUCUGCGAUCACUGAAAUCUUAUGGAAGGCUGGAGAGGAGAAAAAGGCAAUUCUUGCAUUACCUGGUUCUUUCGCCCACUUUGCGGAACAUGGUGUCGGCCGUUACAGUAACGAUGGUGUGACAGAGAACCUCAACCUCCAUGAAUUUGUUGUACAGGGUGAUCUGUAUGAUGCAGUCAAUCGCCACAUGUCGGUCUUCACUGCUGAGACUGGCUCUGGUUGCGUUAUUCUCCUGUACUCGUUACUUCUGACGAGAGGCUUAGAAAAUGUUGAAACAGACAAGGAUGCUGGUGGUGGUCACCUCCUGAAUGCACAUGGAUAUUCUUCACAGGAAAUCGUAAACCUCCUCCUGACAGGCAUAGCAUCUACUAACACCUUUAAUGGUGACCAGACGCUUGGCAGCAAUUCAGAGGACAAAGUUGUUUUGAAGGGUGUCCAUCAUCGAUCUGACAUUGGUCUUCUCUCUCUGUUUGAACACUAUGAUUGUUACAAAAAUCAGAAAAUUUGUAGAAGUACACUGGGUAACAUGUUCUGCAACAGUGACUGUGUUGUAUGUACUGUACAAAUUAUGUGUGUAUUCUUCUUUAUCUAUGGCCAAAUGUUCCUGAUUUAG